CCGUUUAACAGUCCCCGACGGGCAGUCGUCAGACAAUGAUGUGGAUCGCCCUGCUAUCGCUGUGCCUGUGCAGACUCUCUGGGAUAGAGGUGUUGGCCACCGGUCAAGUUGGGGACAUGGCCAGCUUCUAUAUGUACACCCCCAACAGUCCCGAACAUCCCCAGAGGGUGUACACCAACGAUUCAGAAUCCGUUAAAGCCUCCCACUUUGAUGCGCAUCUUCCGACAAAGGUCAUCAUACAUGGCUGGAGCGUUACGUAUCUGGACGCACCAGUCAGUGAGCUGCGCACCGCCUACCAGGCGCGUGGAGCGUUCAAUAUCAUCGCCGUGGACUGGGGUGUGAUUGCAGCAUUGUCGUACUUGGAGGCCAGGCCGAUGGUGCCGGGCGUGGGCAAGUCGGUGGCACGUUUCCUGUCCUUUUUGGCCAACGAAUUCAGCCUGGAUCUGGGCCAGGUGGUGGUUGUUGCCCACAGCAUGGGCGCUCAUGUGGCCGGGUUCUGUGGCAAGGAGCUGAACACGACGAGCAAAGGGCAGCAUCCCCUGGGUUAUAUUGUCGCCCUGGAUCCGGCCCUGCCACUGUUUCGCAUACCCAGCGAGAGCCUUCGCCUAUCCAGCACCGAUGCCAACUAUGUGGUGGCCAUUCAUACGAAUGGGCUUAUGAAGGGACAGCUAAUGCCGAUGGGCCACAGCGACUUCUAUGCCAAUGGUGGAAGACGGCAGCCCGGCUGCGGUUUUGAUCUGAACAACAGCUGUGCCCAUGCCCGUGCCGUCCUUUUCUAUGCGGAGGCUGUUCAGCACGUAUCGCGCUACACGCCCUACGCCCGCUGCAGCGGAUACCCCGAGUUCCUGCUCCUGCUCGGCAACUGCGACGGCGCCGCCCCGAAGAGCGUUGCGCUGGGUGACCCUCUAGAUGUUGGCCGUACAGAGGGCAUCUAUAGCUUCAAAACCCAUGAGGAGAGUCCUUAUGGGGAGCCAAUUUAGAAUCCAAUAAAGAUUUCUUUACUUUGGGAGCAUUAA